GAGCUUCGCUUUGAAGCAAAAGGAAACGACAAGUGAGAACUCCGAACCUUAUUUGAAGAGUUUGUCCGUUUGCCGAGGAGAUCAAUGAAUGUAAUCUGCAUAUUCAAAGGAGUCAGGAAUUAGUUAUAGAUAUACCGGUACUCGUGAUGAGAAUGUGAAAAUCCAUUUUAACCUUCUGAACGGUUAGACGCUGGACAGCCUUUUCAACCAUGAUUUUCAUUGGGAAGAUCAUCAAUAUGUACAGCAUAGCUGGAUUUGGACUCUUCCUGGCUGUGUCCUGUCGCCUUGGUCUCGUGAGCUCUUCAUCGCCUUGGCUCUAUCUUGGACUAGGACUGGUUGGUUUCCUACUGGGUUUCUCCCUGGUCCUGUUCUCGGGGAAGAUCAAGAAACCUGCCAUCACCCAUCAACCCCCACCAGCCUUCCAGGCCUUGGUGACCAAGAUUAUGGAAAUCAAAGCACGUAGGAGAAGGCCAGGAAGACGGGUCGUCAUAUCAAGGAAUAUUGACAAUGCUAUUAGAGAAUUAUUUCAUCUAGCUGUCAGGGACUAUGUGAUGAUCUGGUACAAAACUCUCGGAAAAGAAGGUCCUACUUUUACUGAUGCUUUAGAAACGGAUAUGUGGGAGGUGGUCCAUAAUUUGUCACUUCGACUCAAAAGAAUUGACAUGGUUCGCUUCCUCUCCAGUGAUGUUGUAUACAAACUCUGUGAUCAUUUUCAGAAACUGAGGGAGACCAGUGUCAGGGAAGGUGAGGAGCCGAAGAUCUUCUAUCUUCACCCGUCCUUAGCCAGCGAGGAGGCAGAGACACAGUUCUUCCGGGAAGCGGUUGAGGUUCUCCUGGUCUUGCUCCUCCCCGAAAGGUUAGCUGGGUGCGAGACGGCCAGGCAACUCCUUAGAGAAAUCUUCACCUGUCAAGUUGUGAAGCCUGCAGUGGACAUGCUGUGCAGUCCUCAUUUUAUCAAUACGACAUUCCUCAUGCAUCUUCAACGAACUGAGAAGCUUGUUGAGAAGAGCAAACGACGCUAUGCCUAUGCUGCUACCUAUGAGGAGUUCAUAAAACUCAUCAACUCAACGAGCGAUGUGGAUGAACUCCUUCAGAUCAGAUACCAUAUAUUAACAGAGAUAAUGCAUGCUACAGUAAUAGAAGACCUCAAGAAAACGAGGGGUGAAUUGGAAGGGGAGAAAGGACGGGCAAGGGGGACAAAGAAAGGGGAUAUGCUUCGUGGCAGGAAUUUAAAACGAUACAUCAACCAGUGCAAUGUUGCCAAGGCCCAGUGUGAGAAGCGUUUGAAGCUUCUUGGUGGACCAGACUACCAAUCUUAUUACAAAGGAUCCGGGUCAGGGGGCCAGGAAGAUGCCUACCAAACCCAACGCCUGAUGUCUCUUGAUGAAAUACUUGGGGAGGGAAAGAAAAGAGAAUGUUUCUUGGGUUUCCUUAAACAAGAAGGAAAGGAGGACCUCUUGAAUUUCUGGCAAGCUGUUGAGAGUUUGAAAAGCAGUAAAAAGCCUCGUGACCAACACAUGAAUGCGACUACAGUGUACCGCACCUUUGUUGCAACUAGCAGUGUAGUCAAGGUCGAGAGGCAGCUCAUACGAGGAAUGGAAGCUUUCCUGGUUGGAAAUGCUGGACCCGAUGCUUUUUACGAUGCCCAGCACAAGAUCUAUCAGCUCCUUGAUCAAGAGCACUAUCCUUCUUUCCUUGUUAGUGAAAACUAUGUCAAGCUAUGUGAUGAACUGGCUCCAAAGUCAGGGUCAGAGGAUUUCUCGUCGUCGGUCAGGGAUGAGCUGGAAAGCAGUUUCAGAGAGGAUUCCUCCAAUCAGGCGCUGCCAUCGUCAGAGAGUCUGGUAGAUCAGAGAAAUACUGUAGAGAGCACUUUACAGAGGAUUGAAGAGAAGUUAAGCAACAAGACACAGGCCCUCAGCAAUCUCAAGAGCUCACAUGGUGUCGAAUCUAAGAUGGAGCAACUGUUAGAGAAUGAAAUAGAGAACCUGAAACUUCAAAAGAAGAGGGUUGAGUUGUACAUCCAACAGACCGAUCUCUGGACUGAACAUAUUGACAAGUGGAGGAUUGAUGUCUGCCUGCCAGAUAUCCAGGAUAUAUCCGAUGGGAAGUCUGAGAUCUAUUUCCUGAUGGUUGUACAUCCCACUGAUCCAAGAAUCCCCACAUCUGGUUGGGUGGUAUCUAGAAGAUUAACUGAGUUUUAUAAUCUACAAAACAAACUCAAAGAGUGCAGUCACUGGUUAGCCAAGGUCAAGCUACCUCAGAGUAAUAAAAAGCUUUUCAAUAGAGAAACCAUGAAAGAGUUCUUAGAAAGAUCAAGAAGUGAGCUACAAAAACACUUAGCUGCUAUUCUAGGGGAUGCUACGUUACGCCACAGUGAGGCUCUCUACUCCUUUCUCAUCCCUAAACCAAACAUCUUAGUUGAUACGCCAGUCCAAGAGGUAAAGAAAGGCGGUUUUUCAUUGGCCAGUAUCUUCAAGAACUCACCAACUGAAGAUGAUAGAUCUAAUCUAGGAGAUAGCGAUGCUGAAGAAGAGACUGCUCAGGAUAGGAAAGACUCCAUUGCCGAACCUCUGUACAGCUUGAUCAGUGAGAUCUUUGAGCUACAUGGCAUGUUCAGAUGGCUGAGACGGACUCUCAUCGUCUUUGUCCAGGCAACCUUCGGGAGGACCAUAAACAAGCAACUGAGGGACACCGUAGACUGGCUGACGUCCGAGUCCAUGAUCCUCUUCUACCUGCGUUAUUUCCAAGAUUCCAUGUGGCCCGAUGGGGUCCUUGCUCCACCCCAGCAGCCACCGAGUCUCGAGGAGCAGAGGGCCACCCAGAAAGAGGCCAGGGAAAAGUUCUUGCAAAACCUGCCAGAUUUUCUUCAGAACCUUCUUGGUAAGCACAACAGUCGACUCGGAGCCAUCAAGAUAUUUGAAGCCCUCCAAGAUACCAGGACCACCAAACAUAUUUUUUAUAACUUGCUUGAGCUAGCUCUCCUGGAGAUCUGCCCUGAGCUGAAGGAUCCACGGCUCCUGGAGCAGCUGGAAGAGGAUGGCAGCCAGAAAGAUCCUGCUGGAGCCGCACAAGGGCAUCCUCAUGGAGCCAGGAGCCAUUCGACAGGAGAGGAUCUGCCUGGUGAAGGUCGUCUCCCGGCGGGAUCCGAGGGGAUGGGAGGAGUUCCAGCCGGAGCCCAGAAGGAGACAGAUGGAGCUGGGAGAGUCCAGGGAGAGGGAGACGGUGGAGAACAGGUGGUGAGACAGAGGAGAGGUACUGUGGAGGGGAAGGAGAAGAGCGAUGAGGAGGAUUGAAAAAGUGAUGUCCAACUCUUUGGUGUGUGAUGUACGUUUAACCCCAUCGGAAUAUUGUUCCUUGUAACUCAUUUGAAGGUCUUUCAUUACUAUUACUUCAUUGAAUUAUAGUAAACCUAUCUGAUCCUAAUGCAAUAUGAUUUCAAAGGUGCACAUGGUAUAGUUAUGUACAUGUAGAGGAGUUUCUAUAUGUAUAUUCUAAUACUUUCAGUAGUUAUUGGAGAUGUUCUUUGACAAAGCACAGUAAUUCGUCAUGAAAAUGGAGGCAUGUUGUUCAAAAAGCCUCUUAGCUCUCCAGUGUGAUGUUAAUUGCAUGUUCAAAGGAAUCAAUGCAUAAACUACCUAUUGACUCUUGGAAUUCAAUAUGACUUUCAGUCGGACUUGACUCUUAGUGAAAACAACUCCUCAGUGGAAACUUGCAGUUAUAUACACGUUUAGCUUUCUCAAUACCAACUUCUUAAGGCUGAAUUGUUUUCUCAAAUGAAAUUGAAAUAUUGGCUUUGAGAGACAACUACUUUGCAUUGACAUUACUUAGGUUUAGUAACUGCAUAUAUGAAUAGAAAAAAGUGGAGGAGUUAAAAUGUAUACCAGGAAACAAUUUUGUGUAUUUCUUUUGUAGGUAAUCAACGGAUUGUAAAAGAGAAUGACUACAAUAAAGAUGAAUAUGAAGAUUAAAUUUCUUGUUUAUAGUCCACUUAUUAAUUAAGCUUUAAAUUUUGCUUCUAUUUGUCAAUUUCUUUUGAACUACUCUUUGCUCCAACAUUGAUUGAUAUGUGUACACCCGUGUGUUCAAAUUUUUGUGAUUCUUGUGAUAAACGAUCAGUACUUUGAAUUAUGUAUUAAGUGUAUAUUUCAAAAGAACCAAUAUUUUUGUAAGAAUUGUUCGUUUAUUUUUUCCCAAAAUACUUGACAGUUGAAUUUUCUAUGUGUUGUACUUUGCUUCAUGGCCAUGGCUUCUUCUGUAAGCAAACGACCAACAUGAUUUGUACAUGUAGGUUUUCACAAGUGUUGGAUUUUUUUUUCUUUUUUACUUGUACAAUUUCAUUACAUCAUGUCCUGUAUGAAGAAUGUGAUUGGCCUACUUUUAGUUGCAUUUUAUGAUCAAUUUAUAAUUGUGCUUCCUGAAAUCUAGGGAUCAUUUUAUAAAACAUGUAAUGAGUUAUUCAUUUGCUCUGAGCCAAUCAGAUGCAAUGAUUUCAGUAGCUUAUAACAAAUAGUCAUUGAAAAUCUCUUUGUUUUUAAUAUGAAAUGUCCCCCCUAAAUGUGCUUGGUUUUCUCGACCCAGAAAUGAUUGCGUGCAUGCCAAGCACAUCACAGAGAGAAAAAAAUGAGUUCAUUCAGUAUGUGCAUUGAACCAUCACAUAAAUCAAUUAGAGUUGGGUUUUGGGAAUUCAUGUCUGAAACGUACACAAUGUUCACCUUACUUUUGUAUAGAACAAGCUAUUUCACUAACAGUGCCUUACAAUUUUAAAGUUUACUCUGAUAAAUGUGAUUUAAUAAUAUUGAAGAAAUAAAACGAAUCUGAUAUAUGAAUGUGAAACUAUAGAAUUUUUUUUCUUACAAGAUUACAAGUAUAGGAUCAAAGAAUAAAAUAAACAUCAGUCAGUCACUAAAUGUUAAAGUUUUGUACAAACUAUGGGAAUGAAGUUCAGGGCAGGGCUACAGGGAGAGGGAGCAACUGCCCCCCCCCCCCCCAUGAUUGUUCAGGUAGUGAAGAACAAAAGUGAGGAAGAAAAGGAAAAGAAGGAGAGUACAGAAAGAGAGUUAGGGGAGGGGUGUUUUACAAAUAUUUUAAUAUGACCUAAUAGGGUCGCACUUAAAUGCCAGCACCUACAUGAUAUGCAAGCAAUGCAUGAUCUUAUUGAUUGAUGCACAGUAGUGGGUGUCCUCAUGACACGAUCUGACCAAUGUGCAACUAGGCAUUUAAGUGCAACUCUUUUAAGUCAUGCUUAAAUCUUUGUGAAUCAUCCCCCUGAUUGUCAAACUUUUCUUCUGUUAAACUGAAAAAAAUGACAUCGCCUUUAUGUCAUCUUGCUGCCCCCCCCCCCCCAUUAAGAUACUGUGACGCCACCCCUGGUGAAUAUUAAAAUAGGCAUUGGAACAGUGGUUAGCAUUUGUUUGAGUUGCACUUCCUGGAAAAUGUUGAUUUUACUUUCAUUCAGAUUAUA